AGAAAUCUGAGUGUACUCGGACACUUUAAGAAAUGCACGAUUGUGUAAGAAGUAAGUUGCUCGUAGCCUGGUUAAAGGUAGUGUCCUAAGUCUACACUGCUGAGGAUGUAGAAGACGGUUCAAGGUAUUGAAGAUCGAUGCGGACUUAAGGUUGAGCUGGCUUUUAUCUCCAUCCCUAGAUCUGGAUCCCUCUCUCCAGCCAUGUCGUCACGUGUGUUGCUGCGGCAGCAGCUGAUGCGAGAACAAGCCCAGGAGCAGGAGAGACGUGAGGCCCAGCAGCAGGCCUCUGCCUCUCAGCUCCGGACCUCUGACCCCACUCCAGCCAUCUCUGUCACUUUGCCCCCAAAUGCAGCCCGUCCCCCUCCAGCACAGGUGCCGGUGGAGGUGCUGAAAGUACAGACCCACUUGGAGAACCCCACCAAGUACCACAUCCAGCAGGCACAGAGGCAACAGGUGAAGCAGUACCUCUCCACCACUCUGGGCAACAUGGCUGUUACUCAGACCCUGGGUGCGUCCCCUGUGCAGCAGUCCAGUUCUGCCCCAGAAGUUGCUGCUACUGCCAGCAGUGCCCCUAACAGUCCUAUGGCUCUGCUUAACAUCGGAUCCAACAAGGAGGAAAUUGACGAUGUUAUCGAUGACAUCAUUAGUCUUGAAUCCAGUUUUAAUGACGACAUCAUUACGUUGAUUGACUCAGGUCUUCAGUUGCCUAGCACGCUCCCAGGAAAUCUGUUGGAUGUAUACCAUAGCCCUGGAAUGGCAGCGCCUACUCUCACUGUCAGCAACUCCUGCCCUGCUGAUCUUCCAAAAAUUAAAAGGGAAAUUACUGAUACAGAUGCCAAAGCACUAAUGAAAGAAAGGCAGAAGAAAGACAACCAUAACCUCAUUGAGAGGAGGCGGAGAUUCAACAUCAAUGACCGUAUAAAGGAGCUGGGUACUCUGAUACCCAAGUCAAGUGACCCUGAGAUGCGUUGGAAUAAAGGCACCAUUCUGAAAGCUUCUGUAGACUACAUCCGGAAAUUACAGAAGGAGCAGCACAGAGCCAAGGAUGUCGAGAUACGUCAGAAAAAGCUGGAGCAAGCAAACCACAGCCUAAUGUUACGCAUCCAGGAGCUGGAAAUGCAGGCACGGCUCCACGGCCUCCCCGCAUCCACCAGCAUUUCAUCUGGUCUGAUCUCAGAUCCCUCCCUGCUCCAGCAGCAGCCUGUCCCACAGAGCGGCCAGGCUCUGCCUCCCUGUGCAGGAGGAGCCUCCUCCCAGAAUCUGCUCAGUCUGAGCGCGGUAGCCAUUGGACAGCCUCUGCCAGCCUCCUUCCUGUCCCCGCCCUCCUCGGACUCUCCCGCGGGAGUCACCAUCAGCAGCCCCCUGGACCUGGGCAGCCUGAGCUUUGCCGAGCUAGACGACACCUCCGCAUCAGCACUCUACCCUGACGUGGGCUUAGGAGACAUUCUCAUGGACGACGGGUGCACCCUGUCUCCAGAGAGGGUGGCUGAGCCGCUGUUUUCUCCUUUGUCACCAGGUGCCUCUAAAACCAGCAGUCGCAGGAGCAGCUUUGAUAUGGACGAGGACUUGUGAUGAGCUCUGUGUGGCGGUCAGAGACUGUCUGCAGGGACAAGAAUGUCAGGAAGUGCAGUCUGUCCUUUAAUGAGUCUAUUGAUAGGACUGUAGAACGUAGAAAAGCAAAAAUAGCUAACAUGAAGAUCAAAACUAACAUAAAUCAGGAGAAAGUAAGUUCUUGAAUUUGUUUGCCAUAAAGACCUAAUUAUUAUUGUUUCCUGUUUGGAGCUGGAGUCAGAAGAUUAUGCCUGGGUUUAUAAAUGCAAUCUUAUUAAAUGGAAUAUGGUAUAAUAGAGGCAUGGACUUAGCAUUAAGAAAUAAUACAUUCUUACAUAGUUUUUAAGGUUUAAGAGGGAUAUACAGUUUGUCUGAAUUUAUCAUGUGCCCGUUUAUAGGGAAGAAAGCUGUGAGGUUUAUUUUUCACAACAUUGGCAUAACAAACUGAACAAGAGAUGCCAACAGCCAGUAUAUUUAGUUUUUUGUGUGUUUUCUCAACUGACUGGAAUCAGGGUUCAUUAAUAGCAGCCGCAUGCUCCUCCGUGUUGGGUUUUGUUUCACCAGCAGCUACAGAAGGGAUCUAUGUAAAGUGAAUUGGCACAUUGUGAAAUAUUUACUGCAUAUUGUAUAUAAGAAUAUUUUAUUUUGAGCAAUUUUAUUGCACCUUAUUUUUGGCAGUCUAUGCAUUUUCUGAGAGCUUUUGUCUGUUUUUAUUACUACUACACACAGUGGACAGCUAAUGCCCAGGUUGCAUGUAUUUGUAAUAAAAUUUAAGCAGUGGAAAAUCACUUGCUGCUGCAGCUAGUUAGCCAAAGCAGGACUUCUUCCAGAGUAGCUACAAAGUACAAAUCAGUGUUGUAUUUUUUAAUAUAUUCACUCAGUCAAUGGAAACGUGAGACAGAAUAAGAAAUGCAGAACAAUUUUAUCCUUUUUACAACAGUAACCGUUCAUUACAUAUUGUUUUUUUUUUUUUAUACCUGAAUGAUAGUUUGAUAAGUAGUCUCUCUUGACUAUAAUCUUUGUUGUGAGUGAUUGUUUGUCUCCAUUAACCUCGGUGGUCACUGAGUGAUUUUACCAGUUAGCAUGUUCUACCAAGAUUAUGGCUUUUGUUUUUUGUUUUUUGACGAUCAAAAGCGAUAUAUCUAAUAAUGUGUUAUUGCUCAUUAUAGUAUGAAUUCUGGGGGCUCUGGCCUUCUUUUAAACCAACCACUAGCCUCACCUCUGUAAUAAUAAGGUAUAACUGUUUGUUGUGUGAAACCUGCAAUGCAAUUAUUAUUCUAGAAGACAGCCACAAGCUUAAGAAAGGCGUUUCAUUUGUCAAAUGCCUAACACGAUAUUAUGUACAGUUAAUGAAAAAAGUACUUGCAUAAGUGUAGUUUUUUUUUUUUUUAACACUGACGCACAGUAUUUGUUUUCCUCACAACCUCCAUGUUAUUGAUAUACUUAACUAUUCUUUGAGCUGUUGUAACAAAAAAACAGAAUUAGUUAAAGCAGCCAAAAAUGUCUGUACUUUUUGGUGGUUACAGUGAUUUUAUGGUGUCCUCUCCUGUUCAAACUUUGUUUUUCAGCUCUGCUCCACAGCUCCGUGCUUCUUAGUCCCAUAAGUACCCACGGUCAGCUUUCUCUGCUCAUACACAAAAUUAGACAUGUCUUACCCUGACUUAUAUUUGAGUGCUAACAUUGACUGUUAACCAUAAACUGGUAGCAUUAGUGUCUUGUCCCUGCAAGUUGGCUUGGAAGAUUUUAACAAAUAAAUGAUUUCCAUUGGU